UAUGGUCUCACGGUAAGGCAAACUGUAUCGUUGCUACUGUUUGUACUAGCGAAUUGGUUGGCCGUAUAAAACCUAGGGCUCCAACUCAAAACCCUAUCAGUUUGCGAUCGUUUUGGUUCUGGUGCAGUCAGUGAAAAGUAUUCGAAAAUGCUGAAAAUUGUUCUAAUCGCCUGUGUGGCCGUGGUAGCCGUCUCAGCGCAGUACUUCGGAGGGGAAUCGAUCGGGAUAGGCGAAGAGGGUGGUUACGGUGGAGGUGAUGAAGAACACAAGGAUUACUAUGCUCAUCCCAAGUACAAGUUCGAGUACGGAGUGCAAGAUCACAAAACCGGUGACCACAAGAGUCACUGGGAAAUUCGUGAUGGAGAUGUAGUUAAGGGUCAAUAUUCGCUCCAUGAACCCGACGGCACGGAACGUGUGGUUGAAUACAAAUCCGAUAAGCACUCGGGAUUCGAAGCUCACGUCAAGCGGGUCGGACACGGUCAUCAUCCGCAGCUGUACAGUGGAGCCCAUCAUGAGGAAGGUCACGACGAUUACGAGCAUGAUCAUGCCUUCAGCUACAACAACCAACACCAUCAUCAUCUGUGAGUGCCAGGCAGCGCCACAUAUUUAGUGAUGGGGGUAUGGUUGUGAGAUCCAGAAACCAGCCAUAUUAUCCUUACGAGUAACUAUUCGAGACUGAAAACCAAAUACUCUUUUAAACGAGAACGUGCCUGCCGAAUCCGCGCACUGGUGCGUUGGAGAAAAAACAGCUUCUUCCUAUCUGUAGUUUCAGCUGUCGACUGUUUAAGUUUAAAAAGCUCCUCAAUAAAAAUGUGAAUCGAACGAAAAUCAAA